CCAAGUAGGGAAAUGACGUAAGACGUCACCUAAAAAAUGCGUUAAUUUCAAAAAAUUAUUUAAAAUAAUAUAGUUAAUUUGAUUUCGAGUUUCAGGUGAGAUUGUUUGUUUGAAACACUUUUUGCCCUGGAUUUCGACUUCGAGUUGAGCUGAUGUUUUGUGAGAUAUUACUCUGUGUGAGAAAUUGACUCUUGUUUGGUUUGAGACAGGACUCGUAGUUAUAAUAGUGAUAAGUGUGAGAAAUUGACUCUUGUUUGAGAUAGGACUCAUUGUUAGUGUUGUGAGAAAUUGACUCUGGUGUUCAACUUAACACAUACAAUGUCUUUCAUGUCUUGUUGUGUGCCUGGCUGUACGAUCACUACAGAAGACGGUGUGCUGCAUAAAUUUCCAAACCCAAAUAUUGAAAGAGAACGCUUCAAGAAAUGGGUUCAAACUGUUGGAGAUACCGUCAAAAAGUUUGAUGAAAUCUUCAUUUAUAACAACCGAAGAGUAUGCCGAAGACAUUUUGCACCGGUCUUCCACUACCCUAAGAACAGAUUAUGUAAAUUAGCAAUACCCACACUGUUCAUUGAAGGUGGACCCUUGAAUAAAGAAACGCCUGUUCAAAUGUUACGAGAUGAGCAUUCAACAACUUCAGCUCCAUUAGACAUAACUAACAUCAGACUAUCAGGUAUGUUGAAUUUCAUUUUGCUUACCUUAACAUACCAUGUUAAGCAGAAAAGAUCCAACCAACACUUUUUCUAA